AGCAAGCAGACAUGCUACUGGUAAGAUUACAUAAUAUUUCAUCCAAUGUGAUAACAAGAAGCUUACUUUAAUGUAAACUAUCUGUUUGUAUUUGGAUUUGUUAGAUUAUUAUACUUCAAAGAUUUAGGAGACAUAUACGACAUUCUAUUUUCCACAAGAUAUAACAGGACGAGAUGCAGAAAAAAGCUGUGACAAUAUGCUUAAUAAUUAGUGCAGUUUUGGUGUCAUAUCUGGACUUAGCAUUUGGUCAACUGGAGGAAUUUGUUGAAUAUCACACUGAAAUUUAUUUGAACAGUUCGGAAGAUGAUGAUGAUAAGCAAGGGGAUGUAAUAAAUACACGUACUUUGAGUGAAAUUGAUGUUAAAUUGACUAAGAUUGUGCGUGUUGGAGGAUGUCCAAUGCGGUCUGACAAAGAAUUCCACACAUCUAAACUAUAUGAGGACAUGGCUUCUGAAGACUGUACAACAUUUAUAAACUGUAAGGGAGGAAGAAGUGUCGUCCAAGAUUGUAAUUGUCUCCACUAUGAUACUGAUGGCACCUGUGAAGUCAGAAUGAUGUUUAAACAAAAACUUCAUUCUUGCGUAAACCCAAAUAAAGUCAAUUGUAAACGGAAAAAGAGCAAAAAGGAGAAGAAAAGAAAAAGAAAAAGGAA